CCUGCCCGGCAACAUUGGCCGGCUCCAGCACCGCGCUGUACCGGUCCGCGCUGUCCAGCGUCUGCCGGGGGUUGGGUGGAGGCGGCGGGGGAGGAGGCACGACUGGAGCACACCCGCGUACAGCACCGUACUGAGCCCCCAAGGUGCUGAGCCUCAGGGCACGCACGGCCCCUGUCCGACUCUGCGGGCAUGGCGUCCCAGGUGUUACAGCUGCUCAGGCAGGGCGUGUGGGCCGCACUCACAGGGGGCUGGUACCAUGACCCCGAGCAUAGCAAAUUCACCAACAGCUGCCACCUCUACCUGUGGCUGUUCCUGCUGCUGCUUCCUCUGACUCUGCACCUGGCCUUCCCUCCAAGCGUCCUCACUGCGCUGUUCUACUGCGGCGCUGUGACCACUCUCUUUGCGAUCAUCAAGCUUGUCAGCUACCGCCUGCACCUCAUGUUCGAUAAGGGAGAAGUGAUCCAGCGCCAGUCCCCGCGAAAGAGGAACAAGCGAAGACCAGAGGGAGAGGCCAGCAGCCAGCGCACGGCCAGUCACAAAAACCCAAGCAAUAACAGGCAGAUUCACAGCGCCAAGAAGGAGGAGCCUCGAGGGAGCCUGUCCACACCACCGCUCCGCUGCAGCUCCCGAGGACAGAGCGUCCACUCUCAGCGUUCCUCGCCAUUGGAAUUGCCAGCACAGGAGACGGUAGAAGACCUCAAAGGCGUUGUUCUGUCAGAGGAUCAACCAGAGGCAGUGGUGUCAUCUACCUCACCUGGCAUCAAGUCGGAAAGCCUAUCUGCAUCUCAGGGACGUACACCGGAGCCCACCCCCAGACCAGCAGGACCAGUGAAGCCAGUUACCACAGAGAUCCUCACAGGAAGAAAAGGGAAAGAGCCGGGGGGCGCUAGCCAGCGCCCAGCCCGACACAGGUCUGAGAGUGGCCUGGUGAACACUGGAGCCUUGAAGAAGUUGCCACAUCUGUCCCUGUCCCAGUAUGACUUACUAGAAACUGACACCUCCUUCCAGCCGUGGGGCAGUGAGCACUCAGCUCUGAUUCCACAGGGCCCCAGUUGUCCCCAGGGCCCCACCAGGGCACAGUCACAGAGCAGAACACCUCAGGGCAGUCUGAGCAGCAACUGCGACCAGCAUAACACCGUCCUGGCCAAACCCACAGAGGAGGAGGAGCUGACCCAAACAUCUGGUCAGGUGGAGCCACCCUUGAACCAGGAAGUGGCUGACUCUGAUGGCGAGGUUGCGGUGACCCUCAUUGAUACCUCCCAGCCUGGAGAACCACUGAGUCUGCACGAGCCCAUUAAAAUAGUCAUCACGAUGAGCAGCGCUCCAAACUCCACAAGUGACCUGGAGAGUUCCCUGCACCUGAAGGUAACCAGCUCUGAUCGAACCAGUGUCAGGCUGGAUGCAGAGCCUUCUGGUCCAGGAGUGGCCGGUCCUGCAGAUUCUGAGCAGGUCAGAAUUCCUUUGAUAACCCUUGAAUUAACUGAGGACGGAGGAGGGAGAGGCAUCUCUUGUCCUGAAAGAAAUGAGGGAGAAAGGACCUCAGGGAGAACGCAGAUGGUGUCAUCUGAUCAUUGUCUUGGUUGUGGAUCUGGGGACAUGGAGUGUAGCACCAGAAAUGGCAGUCCCACCCCACAGCAAGCCUGGGAACCAGGCCCCACCCCUGCUCCGCUCACACCCAGGGUGGACCCCGAGUCUGAAGAGAGCAGGGAGGGCCAGGCUAACCUGGACCCAGCGUCUUGUAAGAGCGGCCAUGAGAAAAGGCACACCCGUGUGCUCAGCGUGGACAGUGCGACUGAUGUCUUCUUGAACCGGAGUCCCAAGGAGGUGGCCGGCGACAGCGAGAAACCCAUCCCCACAUCCAAAUCAGACCUGGAAGCCAAGGAAGGGCAGAUUCCAAAUGAAUCCAACUUCCUAGAGUUUGUCUCCCUACUGGAAUCCAUCAACACCUCCAAAGGGGUGGCCUCCGACUCAGCAGCAGAGCAGAAAGGAGCAGAUCAGGGUCCUGCAGAUCACACCUCCCCAGGGACCAAGGAGGAAGCAGUGGAGAGUGGAAAACCCAGUGGACAUGAUCCGAAGCCAGGAAAAGCAGAUUUGCCAAGCCAAGACCAUGCAGUCGCCAGCCCGGUGUUGACACAGCCUGCCAAGACCACAGCACUUUUCCAGGGCAGUCGGCAAAGGCAGAUCAUCUACAGAGUGACCUCCCAACAAGACAGCUCGGUGCUGCAGGUCAUCAGUGGACCGGAAACUUCCGUUCAGGAGGAGAUGUCCCUGGAUGCCAUGCACGUCUUCAUUGAUGAGCACGGGGAAAUCAAGUCGUGUUAUUUAAAGUCUGGAAACCAGAAAGAAGGCUCCUCCCAGCAUCUGCCCUUGAACCCUGACUGUGCCUCUCGCGCCAGAGAGAUUCUUCUCAGCUCCUCCAGUACCACCACUUCAGACAGCCCAGAUCCAUCCUCGGGGGACCCUGCAGUCAGUGCCCUUCAGCAGCAGCUGCUGCUCAUGGUGGCUCGAAGGACACAGUCAGAAACCCCACGGCAUGUGAGCCAGGACCUGGAAGACUCGUCGCGUUCCUCGGCGCAAGGAAGGUUUAACCGAGAGCAGUUUCACAAAUUCAUCAUUUUCCCGGGGAAGUGGAUCAAAGUCUGGUAUGACCGACUCACCUUGUUGGCCCUAUUGGAUCGAACUGAAGAUGUGAAGGAGAACGUGGUGGCGAUUCUGCUCAGCGUUCUGGUUUCCCUCCUGGGCUUUCUGACACUGAACCGUGGCUUCUGUAGAGACCUAUGGGUCCUGCUCUUCUGCCUGGUCAUGGCCAGCUGCCAGUACUCCCUGCUCAAGAGCGUCCAACCUGACCCCGCCUCACCAAUACACGGACACAACCAAAUCAUAGCCUAUAGCAGACCAAUCUAUUUCUGUAUGCUGUGUGGCCUUAUUUUGCUUCUUGAUGCAGGGGCCAAAGCCAGGCACCCUCCCAGCUAUGUCGUAUAUGGCCUGAAGCUCUUCUCCCCUGAGACCCUGCAAUCAGUCAGGGACCACUUAAUAGUAUUUUUAUGUUGCUUCCCUGUGAUCUCCCUCCUGGGCCUCUUCCCACAGAUCAACACUUUCUGCACGUACCUUCUGGAACAAGUCGACAUGCUGCUCUUUGGAGGUUCUGCUGUUUCCGGAAUCACGUCAGCCGUGUACAGUGUGGGCCGGAGUGUCUUGGUAGCAGCCCUGCUCCACGCCUUCUGCUUCAGUGCCGUGAAGGAACCAUGGAGCACACAGCACAUCCCAGCACUGUUCUCGGCCUUCUGUGGGCUGUUGGUUGCACUGUCCUACCAUCUGAGCCGGCAGAGCAGUGAUCCAUCGGUGCUCCUGUCCUUCGUUCAGUGCAGAUUUCUUCCUAAAUGCUUACAUCAGAACCUGGACGAGUCGGCCACAGACCCUCUCCCUCAGAGGAUGAAGGACUCAGUGAAGGAUGUCCUGCGGUCGGAUCUUGUCGUCUGCUCAGCAGCUGCUGUCCUCUCCUUUGCAGUCAGUGCCAGCACCGUCUUCCUGUCCUUACGGCCUUUUCUCAGCAUCGUGCUCUUUGCCCUGGCAGGCACAGUGGGACUCAUCACCCACCACCUGCUCCCACAGCUCCGAAAGCACCACCCGUGGAUGUGGGUUUCUCACCCUGUGCUCAAGAGCAAGGAGUGCCAGCAACGGGAAGCAAGAGAUAUUGCUCAUCUGAUGUGGUUUGAGAGACUCUACGUGUGGCUUCAGUGCUUUGAAAAGUAUCUCUUGUAUCCGGCCAUCGUCCUGAACGCCCUCACUCUUGAUGCCUUCUCCAUAAGCAACUACAGGAGACUCGGGACCCACUGGGACAUUUUUCUGAUGAUCACCGCCGGCAUGAAGCUACUGAGGACCGCGUUCUGUAACCCGGUUCACCAGUUUGCUAACUUGGGCUUCACGGUCAUCUUUUUCCACUUUGACUACAAAGACAUUUCUGAGAGCUUCCUCCUGGAUUUCUUCAUGGUGUCCAUUGUAUCCACCAAGCUUGGGGACCUGCUUCACAGGCUGCAGUUUGUCCUGGCCUACGUGGCCCCGUGGCAGAUGGCCUGGGGUUCCUCCUUUCACGUGUUUGCGCAGCUCUUCGCCCUUCCUCAUAUCCUUUCUGCCUGCUCUCACCCGCCGAGCCGAGGUUUGCGUUUUUACAGGCCGGGGCUGUCCACUGACCAGGCAAGAGAGAGAGAGAAGAGAAGAGAUGAUGAUAAUAAAACAUAUAUCUUUUUAAUUCUGAGAGGGAAGAGCUUUUCAGUGGCCAUGUCCCUUUUCUCCUGUAAGCACCCUGCAUGCCCCCACCUCACACCUGUUCGGUCCACCAGCUUCGUAAUGGGCAGAGAUCUAACCAUUGACCUUUUACUUCCUGUGGCCCCUUCUAGUACAAGGCGUGUGGAUAAUUCCAACACAAGAUUGGCUGUGCAGAUGGACAGGGACCCAGGGAGCGAUGACAACAAUCUCAACUCCAUCUUCUAUGAGCACCUGACACGGACCCUGCAGGAGUCGCUCUGUGGAGACCUGGUGCUUGGCCGUUGGGGCAACUACAGCUCCGGUGACUGCUUCAUUUUGGCUUCGGAUGACCUCAAUGCCUUCGUCCACCUGAUCGAGAUUGGGAACGGUCUCGUCACCUUUCAACUUCGAGGACUAGAGUUCCGAGGGACCUACUGCCAGCAGAGAGAGGUGGAGGCCAUCAUGGAAGGUGACGAGGAUGACAGAGGCUGCUGCUGCUGCAAGCCUGGCCACCUGCCACACCUGCUGUCCUGCAACGCCGCCUUCCACCUGCGCUGGCUCACCUGGGAGAUCACACGCACACAGUACAUCCUGGAGGGCUAUCGCAUCAUGGACAACAAUGCAGCCACCAUGCUGCAGGUAUUUGACCUCCGCAGGGUGCUCGUCCGCUACUAUGUCAAGAGCAUAAUAUACUACAUGGUCACGUCCCCCAAACUCCUCUCGUGGGUCAAGAACGAACCCCUGCUGAAGUCCCUCCAGCCCUUCGCCAAGUGGCAUCACAUCGAGCGCGACCUUGCAAUGUUUAACAUCAACAUCGACGACGACUACGUCCCGUGUCUCCAGGGCAUCACACGGGCGAGUUACUGCACCGUGUUCCUGGAGUGGAUUCAGUACUGCGCAGGGAAGAGACAGGAGCUCUCCAAGGCUCUGGACCCGGUGGACAGCGAUGAAGACUCACCUCUGGUGACACUUUCCUUUGCCCUGUGCAUUCUGGGAAGGCGAGCUCUGGGAACAGCUGCUCACAAUAUGGCUAUGAGCCUGGAUUCAUUUCUGUACGGGCUGCAUGCCCUCUUCAAAGGUGACUUCCGGGUCACAGCUCGAGACGAGUGGGUAUUCGCCGACAUGGACCUGCUGCACAAAGUUGUGGUCCCAGCCGUCCGGAUGUCCCUGAAGCUGCACCAGGACCAGUUCACCUGCCCGGAUGAGUAUGAAGAUCCGGCCGUUCUCUAUGAGGCCAUCCAGUCCUUCGAGAAGAAAGUCGUGAUCUGCCACGAGGGAGACCCAGCCUGGAGGGGUGCGGUGCUGUCCAACAAGGAGGAGCUGCUGACCCUGAGGCACGUGGUGGACGAGGGUGCUGACGAAUACAAAGUCAUCAUGCUCCACAGGGGUUUCCUGAGCUUCAAGGUCAUCAAGGUGAACAAGGAGUGCGUGAGGGGACUCUGGGCAGGGCAGCAGCAGGAGCUCAUCUUCCUGCGCAACCGCAACCCAGAACGUGGAAGCAUCCAGAACAACAAGCAGGUGCUGCGUAAUCUCAUCAACUCCUCCUGCGAUCAGCCGCUGGGGUACCCCAUGUAUGUCUCCCCACUGACCACGUCCUACCUGGGAACCCACAAGCAGCUGCAGAGCGUCUGGGGUGGGCCUGUCACACUGGACCGUAUGAGGACGUGGUUUCAGACCAGGUGGCUAAGGAUGAGAAAGGACUGCAGUGUGGGCCAGAGGAGCGGUGGCAACAUUGAAGAUGUGGAUGGUGGAGCAGGACCAGCAGCAGGUGGCGGGAAUGCCCCCAAUGGAGAAAGCCGGGACAGCAGCUCAGAACAACCCAGGAAAGGAGGCACCCAGCAAUGGGCCUCACCCCGUGGAGGGGGUCACAGGACAGGCAGAAGGAAGGGCAGAAGCCAGUCUGUCCUGGCACACUCGGCAAUAAGCCAGAGGCCACCUACUCUGAGCUCCUCAGGUCCCAUUGUAGAGAGCCACCAAGCCUUCCUUCAGACGUCCAGCUCUGUGCACGAGCUGGCCCAGAGGCCUUCAGGAAGCCGGCUUUCCUUGCACAACUCGGCUGCGUCCCUGCACUCGCAACCACCUCCCGUCACCACCACGGGUCACCUGAGUGUCCGGGAGCGGGCUGAGGCACUCAUUCGGUCUAGCCUGGGCUCUUCAACCAGCUCUACUCUCAGCUUCCUCUUUGGCAAAAGGAGUUUCUCCAGCGCGCUUGUCAUCUCUGGACUCUCGGCUGCAGAGGGAGGCAACACCAGCGACACCCAGUCAUCCAGCAGCGUCAACAUUGUGAUGGGUCCUUCCGCGAGGGCCGCUAGCCAUGCUGCUCGGCACUUCUCUGAGCCAUGUGAAUCCACUGACACCCCAGAGCAAGGGCAGCUUCCAGAUCCACGGCUGGCAGAGGCUGUGGCAGAGAACCUGGGGAUGCUUUGCCGGAGAGCGAGCCAGGAGGACAUGGGCCUGGAUGACACAGCUUCCCAGCAGAGUGCCUCCGAUGAGCAAUAGUGGACACAUUUCUGGUUGGAGAGAUGGGGACUCUCUCCUGCUCCGGAACCACAUGGUUCUUCCUGAGGGAAAAGAAGAGCCAUUCUAGAAAACAGUAACUUUAUCUCAGGUUCUUGGAAACACUCGCCUAGUGGGAGUCGGGAAAAGACAUUGCGCCUCCUCCCUCAAGCACUGCACAAGAGUUGGACAUUACUCACAAAAGCCAUGUUAUAUCUUGAAACAACUAGAAUGAGUAGGGCCCAUGACUGGCUCCUUCCUGCUCUGGUAAUAGAACAGCUGCAUGCUACAUUAUUGGCAUUUUACACAUCACUGUCACCGUGAGAGAGAACUGAGUCACAGCCCCUGAGACCAUCAGCAGGCCAGAGGCAUCCAGGUUUGGCCCAAUUGCAAAGAGCCUCCUCCUUUAUGACCCUUGCACAGUUGGAAGUGCAAACCAUUCACCACAACCUGAUGGUGCACUGGUCCAGGAUGGGAGUUUCGGGGUGAUAUGCUCCUCCCUCAAGUUCUGGGCCACCCAGGACCCCUGCGUGCUUCCCAGGAAUGCAUGCUAGUCUUCCAAGCUGAGCAAGCUCUCCUGUAUAUGAGCACAUUUGCACACACCUUUGUUUUAGGGAUUAAAAUGUUUACAAUUC